GAAACAGCAGCACGAGACACUGAGCUCGCGAGGCUGGCUGUUUCACAGUUUCGAGUCGGACCUGUUGCUGUGUGUUUGUGUGUUUUUCUUUAUUACAUUUCUUUUGCAUGCAGAUUAAGGACAAGGACAAGUUAUUUUUUCCUGGACUGUCAUGAAACUUGGAUAAAGUUUAAGUUUUUUUUUUGUUGUUCAAUUUUUUUUUUUAUUACAAAGUCAAAAUAAAUAACCAAGGUGCGUGCAUGUGAAGAGUGGUAGUGAAGCAUGGCGGAGACACACCGCACCGCCGCUCACCGGAUUCCUGACACCGCGGAGCUCUGAGGGAGCGCGAGAGAGAGAGAGAGCGCGCGCGCGCGGGCAGGACAGGAGAACGGAUCAGAAAAGCCGCGAUGGGGCUCACGCGCUGCGCGUUUGUGCGCGCGUGCCUUGCGCUGCUCCUGCAGGCCAGCCAGUGGAGCGCGCGAGAGAGCACGAGCUGCGACCUCAACAGGAAGCAAAGUGAGCUGAACUCCUUCCUGUGGACGAUCAAGCGCGACCCGCCGUCGUAUUUCUACGGCACCAUCCAUGUGCCUUACACGCGGGUUUGGGACUACAUCCCGGAGAACUCCAAAAAAGCCUUCCAGGAGAGUAACAUUGUAUACUUUGAGCUGGACCUCACCGACCCCUAUACCAUUUCGGCGCUGACGCGGUGCCAGCUGCUGCCGCAGGGCGAGAACCUGCAGGAUGUUCUGCCGAAAGACAUUUACCGCCGCCUGAAGAGGCACCUGGAGUACGUCAAGCUCAUGAUGCCAUCGUGGAUGACUCCGGAUCAGCGAGGCAAAGGUCUGUACGCUGAUUACCUGUUCAACGCCAUCGCAGGCAACUGGGAACGCAAACGGCCGGUGUGGGUCAUGCUCAUGGUGAACUCGUUGACCGAGGCGGACAUUAAGACGCGUGGAGUUCCUGUGCUGGAUCUCUACCUGGCCCAGGAGGCAGAGAGGAUGAAGAAGAAGACAGGAGCUGUGGAGAAGGUUGAGGAGCAGUGCCAUCCUCUCAACGGGUUGAACUUCUCGCAGGUGAUUUUUGCCCUGAAUCAGACGUUGCUUCAGCAGGAGAGCCUCCGGGCCGGGAGCCUGCAGGUCCCCUACACCACAGAGGAUCUCAUUAAGCACUACAACUGCGGCGAUCUCAACUCCAUCAUAUUCAACCAUGACACUUCCCAGGUCCCCAACUUUAACAACGUCACUCUGCCUCCGAGUGAACAGAUCACGGCUCAGGAGAUCGACAGCUACUUUCGUCAGGAGCUCAUCUACAAGCGAAAUGAGCGGAUGGGCAAGAGGGUCAAAGCUCUGCUGGAGGAGCAUCCCGACAAGACCUUUUUCUUCGCCUUCGGAGCAGGUCACUUCCUGGGCAACAACACAGUGAUCGAUGUUCUAAGAAGCCAAGGCUACGAGGUGGAGCACACGCCAGCUGGCCAGCCCAUUAACAGUGGCAAGAGAUCAAGCCGUCCUACAGACAAAGAGGACGACAAUGCAUCAGAUGUGGAGUCGCCAGUGGAAGCCUUUUUUCAUGAAGACCGAGAAUGGCGCCCCAUGGAGGAGGAGGAGGACCCUCCACCCCACUUGUUGCUCCCAGACAGCUUGGAGCUUCUCGAGAAGGUGGAGCGCAAGCUGAAGAAGAAACGACGCAACAGGCUAAAGAAGCAACGGCACCGCCAGUUCAAUGACCUCUGGGUCCGCAUGGAGGAAAGCACGACGCUGGAACCCGUCCGGCCCGUCAUCCGCAUCAUCGACGGCUACAUCACCAUCGAGGGCGACUCGCGAGAUCGCGGGAGGUCCGAUCACGACAGGACGUUCUCAGGCUCCGCCUCCUUAUCGGAUCGCGCUUCCUUCACCGUGCUGACGUUGUGCCUUCAGGUGCUCGUACUCCUUGGCUUAAGCGGCUAAAGCUUGACCUUCGGCAGGUCGUUCAGAGAGACUGAAGAGGGGAAAAAGGACUGCUGUAGCUUUUCCCUUUGAUGUGUUCUUCAUUUUCUGAAGGAUGAUUGAUUCCCUGCGAUCGACUGCAGGCUCUGUAAAUACCAAAUGUAUCAUAGAUGUAAUUUAGAGAAUUGAAUUUUUAUAAAAAUGGAUGCUUCUUUGUUCAUUUUUAUAUAUAAAUAAGAUUCACUAUAUUUUUGUGACUAAAUAAGGUACUAACAAACAUUUUUCUUUUUUUUCACAAGAAGUCUAUUUGUUUAAUUUAUUAAAUAUAUAGCUUAAGCUUAUGCUUCUUUGACAGCUCUUCAUGGUCCAGACUGGCUCUUCUUUUCCCUGUGCUUUCUAAACCUCUCCAUAUCACUGUUGUACACAUUCCAGUAACUUACGAUACAUUGCACCGAGUUAUGAUUUGUUUACAUAAUUAAAAGCAAUAAACUAUUUAUCUAGUCUAA